AUGCAUCUGUGGGCAUUGCUCCCCGUAUGCUUGGCUUUCUUUGGCACUGCGGGCAUUUGGACUGUAUUUGCAGUAGCUGUAACAAAUGGAUCAGUCAACCUAACAGAGGGAAUCCCGUACAUCAGCCAGUGUGGCACUUACAACCCACAGAGCUGUCUCUUCUCCCAGGUCUGCAACAUCUGCUGCUUUUUAGCCCUGUGGGUCGUGGCGAUCCGUUUCCAGCAGGUCAGAGACUAUGGUGAUCACGGAAAAGCCAACAUUGCCAGCAUUGUUUUAGGAUUCACCUCCUCCAUAUCGAUCUCCGUCACCGGGAACUUCCAGCAAUCAGUUUUAAUGAUUAUUCACACUGUGGGAGCAGUCCUGGCUUUCUUCCUUGGCCUGGCCUACUUCUGGGUACAGCUGUAUCUAACUUAUCGGGCUCAACCAUCGCAAGACCGAUGGUGGGUGGGGCCUGUCAGGGCGACCUUCUGCAUCAUCUGUACCGUCACGGUUAUUGUUAUGUCCAUUCUCCACAUCACAGGCUUUUCCUCUGGAGCUGCUGCGUGUGAAUGGAUUCUGGUGAUGUCGUUCUUCUGCCUCUUUGGCCUUUUUGCAGCCGAGUUCAGACACAUCGACUGCCACAGCCUCACCGUACAGAAGCAAAUGUUUACGAAUGACCGCAGCCACGCAUCAAUAGAAAUGAACGGUUAUGUUAUAAAUACAAUUAGCUAAAAACACUGUACUGGAUCUGUGUGCUAGUACACAUGGUUCAGAAUGAAUUAUGUUCGGUUAUUAUAUAUAGAACUGCUUUUUAAUUUAUUUGCAUGUUUUCCAUUUUGAAGACUCAGUACGGCAGAUCUGUUUCAUGAUCUAUGACAGCAUCUUUUGAUGCGAUUCAUCAUGUUUAUGUCAUUACUAUCACUAUUUAAUUAUUUUACUAUUACACAGUCAACUACCAUACGGGCAGCAUUUUCUAUUUAUAUAUUUUUAGAAGAAUUUCAAAUAAAUAA